GUUUUCACAAAAUCUCUCACUAAAAUCUGGAGGGCGCACCUUCUGCCUCGUACUGCCUGGCACGUAUUUGACUGUUUCGAGGGAACCAAAACAUGACACAAAACGGUGCCGGACCUGGCAGCGGUACCACAAAAAAGGUAGAAGAACUUAAAAUUGUGAUUGUGGGAGAUGGAGGCUGUGGGAAAACUUCUCUUCUGAUGGUUUAUGCCAAAGGUGAUUUUCCAGAGAAAUAUGCUCCCUCAGUGUUUGAAAAGUAUGUCACAACUAUCUCCCUGGGAGGAAAAGAGAUUAAGCUCAACCUGUAUGACACAGCCGGACAAGAGGACUAUGACAGACUGAGGCCACUGUCAUACCAAGAAGCUAAUCUGGUUUUAAUCUGCUUUGAUGUGACCAACCCUACCAGCUUUGAGAAUGUUAUGAUCAAGUGGUACCCGGAGGUGAAGCACUUCUGUAGGGGCACACCAGUGAUCCUGAUUGGCUGCAAAACUGACCUCAGGAAGGAUAAAGAGUGUUCAAGGAAAUUGAAGGCCAUGAAUCUGAAUCCCAUUACGUAUGUUCAGGGAGAGGAGACUCGGCUGGAGAUGAACGCGGAGCUCUAUCUUGAGUGUUCGGCCAAACAUCAGGAGAACGUGGAGGACAUUUUCAGAGAGGCGACAAAAAGAGCUCUGGCCUUCAACCAAAAACAGAGGAACAACAAGAGGAAGAAAAAAUGUCUUAUUCUGUGAAGAUACAAACUUUCAGGAUCCCACGCUCUUGCAGGCAAUUGUUAGAGGAUCCUUUGCUUCAACGCAUUUGAACACUUGAGAUGCCAAAUAUAAUUUGCGUCCUACAGAGAUAGGAAAGUAAAAAAAAAAAAAAAAAAACCUGAUAGGAUGCGUCUUUUGUGCACCCCGGAAGGCCGGUUAGUAAUCUUCAACAGCGCAACAAAAAUUGCGAUUGCUGCAGCAGGAAGGACAGUUUUGCAAGUUGUAAUGACAUUUUCUAAUGUAGCAUACAACAAGACACUUCUUGUAUAAGUUUUAUACUUUUUGUGUUUAUGUACAAGUAUUUUUUUUCCUGAAAGUAUUUUUGCACAACUGCAGAAAGUUGUCUAUACCUAUUUAUUAAUGGAGAUUAUCAGUUCUUGAGCUGAAAUUUGUAGGCAACAUAAUCCUACAUAGAAUAGUUGUUGGUUUUCAAUAUGUAAUGGUACUGUAACUUUAAAGUAGCACUGGUUGGCUACCAACAUGGCCACAUUAGGCCGGUUAGUAAUUCUUAACUUUACCAACAGCGCCCACUUGAGGCAGAAAAUAAACCAGCACAUUAAAUGUCAAGUGCUAUCAGUAUUCUAAAAUUAAAAUAAAAGCAAAUAUUGUCUGGAUCUUCUCAUAAACAGUUGCAUAUUUGUGUUUAAUGUAGCAUGGAUUUUGUUCACAACAACAUACACAGAUUAAAGAAACUGGCACAUGUUCUGUUACUGACCACACUUCAGUACACAUGAAAGAACAGCCACACUGUGAAAAAAGAUUAUUUGUGCAUUAUGACAUGAAAUGUAACCACCUGAUCCCCAACGAGCUUCAAUUUUCCCCCUCAAUAAAAAGGAGUUCUAAGUGGUCUCUGAA